AUGUUGACCACGAGGCCUAGGCCUAUAACGGUUCUAAUUGCUACAGAAUUCUUCUUUCCUGAUAUAGGUGGGAUUGAAACUCAUGUCCUUAAGUUAUCGCAAAACUUGAUAAAAUUAGGAUUUAAAGUAGUGGUUCUCACCAGGGGUUUCGGUGAUAGAAGGGGAAUUAGAUAUAUGUCAAAUGGAUUAAAGGUUUACCAUAUACCUAGUAAAGGAUUUAUAGAACCAUGCGGUCUCUGCACAUUUAUGGAUUUGUUUCCAAUUUAUCGCAACAUAUUAAUUAGGGAACAAGUGGAUAUAAUACACACACAUCAGGGUUCUUCUAGGUUCAAAUAUGAAAUUAUGCUUUGGGGGAGCUUGAUGGGAUAUAGAACCGUGUUUACAGAUCACAGUUUGUUCAGUUUUUCUGAUUUAGGUCCAGCAUUUUUAAAUGAAGUUUUGAAACAUUUUUCUGUUUUUGAAGAUCAUAUAAUUUGCGUUUCAAAUAGACACCGAGAAAAUUUGGUUUUGAGAGCUGAAAUUGAUCCUAGAAAUGUUUCAGUUAUCGGAAAUGCACUUGAUUCUAAAGAAUUUAAAUCCACUAUCAGACCUUCAUAUGAUAAGAUUAUUAUAGUUGUUAUAAGUAGACUUACGGAAAGAAAAGGAAUUGGUUUGCUUAUUAAAGUGAUACCCAUAGUUUGUCAGCGCCACGACAAUGUUUUUUUUAUAAUUGGGGGAGAUGGCCCAAUGUUCCCAAAUGUGAAGGCAACAAUAGACAAAUAUUACUUACAUGACAGAAUCAAGCUUUUAGGUUCUGUUCCAAAUCACAAAGUUUGCAAAGUUCUAGAGCAGGGUCAUAUCUUCUUGAGUACAUCUCAGACAGAAUCCUUUUGUAUAGCUCUCUUGGAGGCUGCAUCGUGUGGUUUGAUCUCAGUGGCAACCCGUGUUGGUGGUGUUCCAGAGGUUUUACCUAAAGAUAUGAUACUUUUGUCUGAAUAUGAUGCGAACAGCAUAGCUGAUCGUAUAGAUGAUGCCAUAGCUAUCCUACCAAAUACAAACAAUAAAGGUUUCCAUGAAAGGAUUAAAAAUAUGUAUUCUUGGGAAAAGGUUUCCAAAAACGUGGCUAAUGUGUACUUCAAAAUAUUAUCAUACCCAAAGUUAUCCUUAUACGAACGCUUUAAGAGAUUAUAUCAUUUAAGCAAUUACUUUGGUAAAAUUGUUAUAAUGAUGUCUGCAAUAGCCUAUAUUGAGUGGGCUUCUUCUGAGUGGGAUGAAAUUGACAUAUCACCGGAUUGGGCCAAUUUUCACUUAUAG